CACCAGUCUUUGCGCGCAUUGGAGAUUGCCUGACUAGUGUUGGUCCGUUUUCGCAUUGUGAAUUCUUGUUGAUUUUGAAGCUAAAAUCCUUCAAUAUACCUCAAUUAUGAGCUUCCUUCCUGGGACAGCAAGUCUCAUCAAAGAGAUAGAUAAGAGACUUAUGGUUCUGCUGAGGGAUGGAAGAACACUCAUUGGAUAUCUGAGGUCUAUAGAUCAAUUUGCCAACCUUUUGCUUCAAGACACCAUCGAGAGAAUUCAUGUGGGAGGAAAGUAUGGGGAUAUUCCCAGAGGCAUAUUUCUUAUAAGAGGAGAAAAUAUGGUUCUGGCUGGAGAGAUAGAUGAAGAAAAGGAAGCUCAGUCUGAACUGGAGGAAGUAUCUGUACCUGAUAUUCUUGAAUUACAAAGAGAUGAGCAACUGGCCAAAGAAGAGCAAGAGAGAGUGAAAACAAAAGCCAAACUGAAAAGAGGCCUGCCUGUGAAUGUAUCUGACACAUAUCUUAGUCAUGAUGAUGUUUUCAACUGAGUUUUAUUUAAAAAAAUGACAAGGCCAAGUACAGGUACCUUCACUGAAUAUGGCUGAGCCCACAGUAUCAAACUUGUGUGUUGCUAGGCAACAUGGCACAUCUUUUGACAUCUUGAAAUCCGUUGGUGGAAAGGAAUGGUUUAUCUGGCCUUGUGGGCAUUUGUCAGUCAGAAUAGCUUUAUUUUUUUUGACAGGGAAGGAAAGGCUUAAAAAGAUUUAUUUAUCGUAGAUGAUAUAUUUGUUGAAAGCUACUUGGAUAUCCAUGUUACAUGCUACAGAUAAAAAAUUGUUAGGGUCUGGAAAUGAUAUGGUGCAUAAAAUGCAACAAUUUCUUAAAUAAAUUUGCUCUAUAAACAUAAGCAGUAUUUAUUUUGAUAUUAAAUUGUAUCUGGAUGAAAGGUAGAUAUCAGUAACUUGAUUGUCUUAAGGAGAA